AGACUGAGGGCUCGUCCCCGCCAGCGCACCUCCACCUGCGGGGCUGCCGAGCGACACCGGCCCGGCUCUGCGGGGCGAGCAGCCUGUCCCCAAGCGCCGGCCUCGCCCGGCCCCUCGCCCGGCUGCAAGCGGGCUCCAGCAAGGGAUACCGGCCGGCCCCGAUCUCCGCCCCCAGCGCACAAAGCCACGGGCCAGCGGCGUCUGCAGCGGAGGCUCCGCGGGGCUGGGGGCGAGCAUGGCGGUGCAGGGGGGGUGAGCGCUCCCCUUACCCCCCGGCGCAGGGGCCGCUGGCGCGGAGUCCCGGGCGAGCCAACAUGGGGUUCCUGCACCAGCUGCAUCUCCUGCUCUGGAAGAACGUGACUCUCAAGCGCAGGAGCCCGUGGGUGCUGGCCUUCGAGAUCUUCAUCCCCUUGGUCCUCUUCUUCAUCCUCCUGGGGCUGCGGCAGAAGAAGCCCACCAUCCCCGUGAAGGAAGUCUCUUUCUACACAGCAGCCCCGCUCACUUCGGCUGGGAUCCUGCCGGUGAUGCAGUCCUUAUGUCCCGAUGGCCAGAGAGAUGAGUUUGGAUUCCUGCAGUAUUCUAAUUCCACCGUGACCCAGCUCCUGGAGCGGCUCAAUGAGGUGGUGGAAGAGAGCAACCUGUUUGACCCGAAUCACCCUGGGCUGGAGGAGGAGCUGGAGUCCCUGCGGCGGCAGCUGGAGUCGCUCAGCAACAGCGAGCCCAGCUCCAUGGAGACCCACUUCGACAGCCGGGCAGCGUCCGGCUUCACGUUGGGCUCCGCGGUGAAGAACCAGAGUGAACUUCAUCGCUUCCUCACUCGGAACCUCUCCCUGCCCAAUGAGACGGCCCAGCUGCUGCUAGGCUCCAACAUCAACCUCAAGGAGGUCUAUCGCCUGUUUUUCGGCUCCUCGCCCGCCUCGGCAGAUGACGCCCACGAGAGACAGCCCUGGGACCGAUUCAGCGCUGGGGAAAAGAUUCUCCAGCUGGAGGAGAGCCUUCUGGGCGGGUGGAGGAACCUGGAAGAUGGGCUGAUCCACAGGGCUCUGCGCGACCCCAAGAGAUCCACCCACAGGCAGGCCCUCCUGCACCUCCUGUCCCAGGCCCUGGGCCUGGCCGGCGCACCCUCCGAGGCCUCUGCUUCCUACAGCCCCCAGGCCUUUGUGAAGGAGAUGGAGAGCAUCCUCUUCACGCCAUCGGUGCUGGAGCACCUGACCUGUGACCAGGAUCAGGAGGAACUGAAGCAGAUCCUGACUGUUCCUGGGAGCCGGCAGCCCUGGCUGUGGGCCUACCGGGCCACCGUCUGCAACGGGAGCGCCAGCGUCCGCCGGGAGCACUUCACCCAGCUGGCGAUGGAGCUCAAGGAGCAGCUGGACGUGCACAAAGUCGUCAGCAGGCUCAAGCUGGAUGAGGUGAACAGCACGGCGGCCCAGCACCGGCUCCACGCCCUCCUGGAGGACCUCGUGGAGAUGGAGAAGGUUCUGAAGGACGUGGACAUCCUCUCGGCUCUGGCCAAGCUGCUGCCCCAGGGCGCCUGUGCCAGCAAAGCACCCCCGCCCGCCACCAACAGCACCAGCUGGGGUGGCAACUUCACCGCCGGCGCCAACUCCACCACGGAGGAGGGCGACAGGGAGCCCGUGGGAGAGAACCCCCAGGGCCAGCGCUCGGCCUUCGUGCAGCUCUGGGCAGGACUGCAGCCCAUCCUCUGCGGGAACAACCGCACCAUCGAGCCCGAGGCCCUGAAGCAGGGCAACAUGAGCUCCUUGGGCUUCACCAGCAAGGAGCAGCGUAACCUGGGACUGCUGGUGCACCUCAUGACCAGCAAUCCCAAGAUCCUUUACUCGCCUGUCGGGACGGAGGUGGACAAGGUCAUCCUGAAGGCCAAUGAGACCUUUGCCUUCGUCGGGAACGUGACUCGCUACGCCCAGGUCUGGCUGAAUGUCUCCUCUGAGAUCCGGGGCUUCCUGGAGGAGGGCAAACUGCAGCGGCGGAUCCGCUGGCUUCAGGAGUUCACCACCGACCUCCACAAACACCCCGAGAUCCUGAACGCUUCGGACAACAACCUCCUCCACAGCUUCAUCGACGGCAACUUCUCGCUGCCCAACGCCAGCGCCCUGCUGCAGCAGCUGGACACCAUCGACAACGCCGCCUGCGGCUGGAUCCAGUUCAUGUCCAAGGUCAGCGUGGACAUCUUCAAGGGCUUCCCCGACGAGGAGAGCAUUGUGAACUACACGCUGAACCAGGCGUACCAGGACAACGUCACGGUGUUUGCCAGUGUGAUCUUCCAGACCAACAAGGAUGGCUCCCUGCCCCCCCACGUGAUGUACAAGAUCCGGCAGAACUCCAGUUUCACCGAGAAGACCAACGAGAUCCGGCGGGCAUACUGGCGGCCGGGCCCCAACACGGGCGGGCGCUUCUACUUCCUCUACGGUUUCGUGUGGAUCCAGGACAUGAUGGAGCGAGCCAUAAUCAACACCUUCGUGGGCCACGACGUAGUGGAGCCUGGCAACUACGUGCAGAUGUUCCCGUACCCGUGUUACACCAGGGACGAUUUCCUGUUCGUCAUCGAGCACAUGAUGCCCUUGUGCAUGGUGAUCUCCUGGGUCUAUUCGGUGGCAAUGAUGAUCCAGCACAUUGUGGCGGAGAAGGAGCAUCGGCUGAAAGAGGUGAUGAAGAUGAUGGGCCUGAACAACGCAGUCCACUGGGUGGCCUGGUUCAUCACCGGCUUUGUCCAGCUCUCCAUCUCCGUCACCGCGCUCACCGCCAUCCUGAAAUACGGCAAGGUCCUGAUGCACAGCGACGUCUUCAUCAUCUGGCUCUUCCUCGCCAUCUACGCCGUGGCCACCAUCAUGUUCUGUUUCCUGGUGUCCGUGCUCUAUUCCAAGGCCAAGCUGGCCUCAGCCUGCGGGGGCAUCAUCUACUUCCUGAGCUACGUCCCCUACAUGUACGUCGCCAUCCGGGAGGAAGUGGCCCACGACAAGAUCACGGCCUUCGAGAAGUGCAUCGCCUCUCUCAUGUCGACCACGGCCUUCGGGCUGGGCUCCAAGUACUUUGCGCUGUAUGAGGUGGCCGGCGUGGGCAUCCAGUGGCACACCUUCAGCCAGUCGCCCGUGGAAGGCGACGACUUCAACCUGCUGCUCUCCAUGAUGAUGCUGAUCGUGGAUGCCGUGGUCUAUGGUGUGCUGACGUGGUACAUCGAGGCCGUGCACCCAGGCAUGUACGGGCUCCCCCGGCCCUGGUACUUCCCUUUCCAGAAAUCCUACUGGCUCGGGAACGGGCGGGUCGAAACCUGGGAGUGGAGCUGGCCCUGGUCUAGAACCACCCGCCUCAGCAUCAUGGAGGAGGAUCAGGCCUGCGCCAUGGAGAACAGGCGGCUGGAGGAGACGCGUGGCAUAGAGGAGGAGCCGAACCACCUGCCGCUCGUCGUGUGCGUGGACAAGCUCACCAAGGUCUACAAGACGGACAAGAAGCUGGCACUGAACAAGCUGAGCCUGAACCUCUACGAGAACCAAGUGGUGUCCUUCCUGGGGCACAACGGGGCGGGCAAGACCACCACCAUGUCCAUCCUGACUGGCCUCUUCCCCCCAACUUCGGGCUCUGCUACCAUCUACGGCCACGACAUCCGGACAGAGAUGGACGAGAUCCGGAAGAACCUGGGCAUGUGUCCCCAACACAACGUGCUCUUCGAUAAACUGACGGUGGAGGAGCACCUCUGGUUCUACUCGCAGCUUAAGAGCAUGGCGGAGGAGGAGAUCCGCAAGGAGAUGGACAAGAUGAUCGAAGACCUGGAGCUGUCCAACAAGCGGCACUCCCUGGUGCAGACUCUGUCAGGAGGGAUGAAGAGGAAGCUGUCGGUGGCCAUCGCCUUUGUGGGUGGAUCGCGGGCUGUUAUCUUGGAUGAGCCCACUGCUGGUGUUGACCCGUACGCACGUAGGGCCAUUUGGGAUCUGAUCCUCAAGUACAAACCUGGAAGGACCAUCCUGCUCUCCACACAUCACAUGGACGAGGCCGACCUGCUCGGGGACCGCAUCGCCAUCAUCUCCCAUGGCAAGCUCAAGUGCUGCGGCUCCCCACUCUUCCUCAAGAGUACCUACGGGGACGGCUACAAGCUGACGGUGGUGAAGAAGCAGUCAGACUCCAGGAACGGCACAGACUCGGGGCAGACGCACAGCCCUCCCUCCCACUCCUCCGCCAGCCCCUGCUCGGAGCCCCGCGUCACCCAGUUCAUCAAGAAGUACGUGGCCUCCUGCCUGCUGAUCUCCAACACCAACACGGAGCUCUCCUACAUCCUGCCCAGCGAGGCCGUCAAGAAGGGCUGCUUCGAGAGGCUCUUCCAGCACCUGGAGCAGAGCCUGGGGGAGCUGGAGCUGACCAGCUUCGGGCUGAUGGACACUACCCUGGAGGAGGUCUUCCUCAAGGUGUCGGAGGAGGACCUGUCGCUGGAGAACAGCGAUGUCGACAUGAAGGAGUCCAAGAAAGACGCUCUGCAGCCACCGGCUCCCCAGAUGGGCCUGAAGCCCGAGGCCAACGGGGAGCCCCUUCCUGACGCGGAGGCACCCGAGAAGCCGGAGGUGGAGCUCAGCAACCUGGUGGCCUGCUCCAACCUGGCCCAGUCGCAGGUGUCCCUGCGCUCGGUGUCCUCUGUGGGCUCCGUGCGGGGCGAUGAAGGUGGGGCUUAUUCGGAGUUCUAUGGGGAUUAUUCUCCGUUGUUUGAUAAUCUGCAGGACCCCGAUAACGUCAGUCUGCAAGACCAAGAGGCUGACGCCGAGGCUGCGGACCAGCCCCUGGGGGGACAGGGGAGCUUUAAGCUGGAGGGCUCCUGGCUCAAGCUGCGCCAGUUCCAUGGGCUGAUCGUCAAACGCUUCCACUGCGCCAAGCGCAACACCAAGGCCCUCUUCUCACAGAUCCUGCUGCCCGCCUUCUUCGUCUGCGUGGCCAUGACGGUGGCGCUCUCUGUGCCUGAAAUAGGUGACCUGCCUCCUCUGAUCCUCUCGCCGUCCCAGUAUCACAACUACACCCAGCCCAAGGGCAACUUCAUCCCCUAUGCCAAUGAGGAGCGGCGCGAAUACCGCAUAAAGCUGUCGCCCGACGCCAGCCCCCAGCAGCUCGUCAACACCUUCCACUUGCCUUCCGGGGUGGGGGCCACCUGUGUGCUGAAGACGGCCUUCAAUAGCACCCUGGACCAGCUGGUGCAGACCCUGAACCUCAACAGCAACGAGUCCAAGAUGCUGGCGGCCAAGUACUUCGACGCUAUGUGCAUCGAUUCCUUCACCCAGGGCCUGCCGCUCUCCAACUUCGUGCCACCGCCCCCCUCCCCGGCCCCCUCCGACUACCCCGUCUCCCUGGAUGACGACAUGGUGCACGCCUGGAACUCCACCACUUAUCCCUCCACUGUCAAAGAGACCGUCACUUUGGCCCCGUCCUUGCCCAGCAUCAUCCACGAGCCCGUCAGAUGCACCUGCUCCAUGCAGGGGACGGGCUUCUCCUGUCCCAGCGGCGUGGGAGGCCACCCGCCCCAGAUGAAGGUGGUGACGGGGGACAUCCUGGCGGACAUCACCGGGCGCAACGUCUCGGAAUACAUGCUGUACACGUCGGACCGCUUCCGGCUGCACAGGUAUGGAGCGAUCACCGUUGGCAACGUCCAGAAAUCCAUCCCAGCGUCCUUUGGCGCCCAGGCCCCUCCCAUGGUGCGGAAGAUCGCAGUCAGGAGAACAGCCCAGGUCUUCUACAACAACAAGGGCUACCACAGUAUGCCCACCUACCUGAACGUGCUGAACAACGCCAUCCUGCGGGCCAACCUGCCCAAGAGCAGAGGGAACCCCGCCGCCUACGGCAUCACAGUGACCAACCAUCCGAUGAACAAGACGAGCGCCAGCCUCUCCCUGGAUUACCUCCUGCAAGGCACGGAUGUGGUCAUCGCCAUCUUCAUCAUUGUGGCCAUGUCCUUCGUGCCAGCCAGCUUCGUGGUGUUCCUGGUGGCUGAGAAGGCUACCAAAGCCAAGCACCUGCAGUUCGUGAGCGGCUGCGACCCGGUGAUCUACUGGCUGGCCAACUACGUGUGGGACAUGCUGAAUUACCUGGUGCCGGCCACAUGCUGCAUCAUCAUCCUCUUCGUGUUCGACCUCCCGGCGUAUACGUCCCCCACCAACUUCCCAGCCGUCCUCUCGCUCUUCCUGCUCUAUGGCUGGUCCAUCACCCCCAUCAUGUACCCAGCCUCCUUCUGGUUCGAGGUGCCCAGCUCAGCAUACGUCUUCCUGAUCGUUAUCAACCUCUUCAUUGGCAUCACGGCCACUGUCGCCACCUUCCUGCUGCAGCUCUUCGAGCACGACAAGGACCUGAAGGUCGUUAACAGCUACCUGAAGAGCUGCUUCCUCAUCUUCCCCAACUACAACCUGGGCCACGGGCUGAUGGAAAUGGCCUACAAUGAGUACAUCAACGAAUACUACGCCAAGAUCGGGCAGUUUGAUAAAAUGAAAUCACCCUUUGAGUGGGACAUUGUGACCCGGGGCCUGGUCGCCAUGACGAUUGAAGGCUUCGUAGGUUUCUUCAUCACCAUCAUGUGCCAAUAUAACUUCCUCCGGAAACCACAGCGGCUGCCCGUCUCCAACAAGCCCAUUGAGGACGACGUCGACGUGGCCAACGAACGGCACCGGGUCCUGCGCGGCGAUGCCGACAACGACAUGCUCAAGAUUGAGAAUCUCACCAAGGUGUACAAAUCCCGCAAGAUCGGGCGCAUCCUGGCCGUGGACCGUCUGUGCGUGGGCGUGCGGCCCGGGGAAUGCUUCGGGCUGCUGGGCGUCAAUGGGGCGGGGAAGACCACCACCUUCAAGAUGCUGACUGGGGACGAGAGCACCACCGGAGGGGAGGCCUUCAUCAAUGGGCACAGCAUCCUGAAGGAGCUCCUCCAGGUACAGCAGAGCCUGGGUUACUGCCCGCAGUUUGACGCGCUGUUUGACGAGCUCACGGCGCAGGAGCACCUGGAGCUCUACACCCGGCUGCGUGGCAUCCCCUGGAAGGACGAGGAGAGGGUGGUGAAGUGGGCGAUGAAGAAGCUGGAGCUCACCAAAUACGCCGACAAGCCGGCCAGCACCUACAGCGGGGGCAACAAGAGGAAGCUGUCCACGGCCAUCGCCCUGAUUGGCUUCCCUGCCUUCAUCUUCCUGGAUGAGCCGACGACGGGCAUGGACCCCAAGGCCCGGCGCUUCCUGUGGAACCUCAUCCUGGACAUCAUCAAAACGGGCCGCUCUGUGGUGCUGACGUCCCACAGCAUGGAGGAGUGCGAGGCGCUCUGCACCAGGCUGGCCAUCAUGGUGAACGGGCGGCUCAAGUGUCUCGGCAGCAUCCAGCACCUGAAAAACAGGUUUGGAGAUGGCUACAUGAUCACGGUGCGGACCAAGUCCAGCCUCAGCGUCAAGGAGGUGGUGCGGUUCUUCAACAGGAACUUCCCCGAGGCCAUCCUCAAGGAGCGACAUCACACCAAGGUGCAGUACCAGCUCAAGUCUGAGCAGAUCUCGCUGGCCCAGGUCUUCAGCAAGAUGGAGCAGGUGGUGGACGUGCUGGGCAUCGAGGAUUACUCCGUCAGCCAGACCACACUGGAUAACGUGUUUGUGAAUUUUGCCAAGAAGCAAAGCGACAACCUGGAGCAGCAGGAGACCAGCCCCAACUGCUCGAUCCAGUCCCCGCUGGAACACAUCCUGAGCCUGCUGCGGCCCCGCGCCGCCCCUACCGAGCUGCGGGCCCUGGUGGUGGAGGAGCCCGAGGACCUGGAGACAGAUGACGAGGGCUUGAUCAGCUUCGAGGAGGAGAGGGCACAGCUCUCCUUCAACACGGACACUCUCUGCUGAGGAGCCGGGGGGAGCGAACUCCCCAGCCUAGGAGCCGCUGACUCCCCCUUGCCCCAGAGCCCCCGCCCCUCCCCGCCCUCCAUUGAGAGGCAGUCAUCCAGCGUUCGCUGUCGGCAAGGCUGUGAGCCACCUGGAUCCUCCAGCCCCAACCAGAAGCUGCCACGGAGCUGCCACAGCAAGGCCCAGAGACCUGAGGGCAGAGCACUGGCCUGGAUGGACACUGGAGGCGUCUCCCCACCGGCCGAGCCCACCGCUAAGCGACCCUCGCCCUGGCCUGCAGCAGCUGCUUUCCCUGCGGCAGCUGGGGGGCUGCUUGCAUUGGCAGAGGGGAGAAGGGCUGGUUGCCUGGGGGUUGCAGGAAGGUGGCGAAGAAGCAAGGAGUAAAUGUACAGAGCAGACUGCGUGCGGCCACCGCUUCCUUUGAUCCUUUCCAGAGGGACGCGAGAGGAGCCGCACCCUGCGGUCGGGGCUGGCGGUUUGCUUCCCCUGCCCCGCAAAGGCUGUGCCUCGGGGCGGAUUCCACAUGGUUACCUAGCGCUGCCCCCGGAGGCAGGAGUGGGUGGCGCAGCCUCAGAGAAGGAAGAUUUAUUUUUUUAAUGAUGCGACAGAUGGCUCGGCGCAGCAACGCCCGGGCGGGAGGGGAGCUGGGCUUUGCUUCCCUCAGGUGUCUGGCUUGUGUGGGUUUUUUAAACAUGGGCCAGCCGUGAAAUGCGGGCUUGGAGCAGGGCCGAGGGGGAGGGCUUUCCUUGCUGCCCAAAGCAGCGCUGUCAGAGACGGGCUGUCUCCCGCCAGGCUGCUGGGACGCCGCAAGCGACUCCCAGCCACAGCCGAGCCAUCCCAGUGCUUUGAAGGCUGCUCACACUUGGCAAUGCGUCUGUGUACGACUCCUCGCGAGCCCGCACUCGGCUCCCAGGCCCUGGCUGCCUGAGGGUGAGGCUGCGUUCCAGCGGCAGGGCCGGGGCUGCAGGGGCAGGCAGGAGCCACGCAUCAAGCUGCUUUCACCACCAGCCCGUCCUCAGGAGCUCCGGCCUGCGGGAGAGUCCCGCCGGGGAGAUCCACGCUUGGAGGUUCAGGCCCGUCUCUAAAGCAAACCGUACAGAGGCAGCAGCACCCCUUUCAUUGGCCCCCCCAACCUACCCUGUAAAUCUGCUACCCCUACCCAGGGGGCGGCAGGACCCCAGACCUGCUUUCUGCAUCAGCGGGGAGCCAUUCUGCGACAAGGCCAGCUUGAGUUUUUCUCCAGCCCCCCCCUUUGCUAUAGAAGGCAACCACCAUGCCAGCCUCUCAGAUGGCCAGCUCCCCCCAGGCUAACCCAGCCCCACAGAGAGCCCCUGGGGGGGCGGCCAGGGCAGAGUAGACUCACAGGGCAUUGCAUACUCUGGCCUGAUUCUCUCUCCCCCCUCCCCCCUUAUUUUAAACUAGAGAGAAAAAAAUCCUGGAAUAAUUUGUGGUUGAGGAGAUGGAGGCUGGGGGCUGCUGGAGCAGGAGGGGGCCUGUCCCCUCUAGGGAGCCAGUUGAGGUUGCAGGGGUAACUCUGGAAACACGUUCAUGUGGCAGCGUUAGGGUUUCUAUUCCAGUGGGGUAUGGCCACUGGGGGGGCGAUAUUGUCCAGCGCCCCCCGCCCACUGGAGCAGCCCGCCCUCCCAUGCACGGGGUCCAGUGGAGCUCAUGCAGGCGGCUGACCUGCCUUCCUCAUCAACUGGGGCAUCCCCGGGCCAGCCUGAGGCAGCCUUGUGUUCCCAGCCAGAACACUCGGCUGCCCCAGCCGCACAGGGGGGCGGAGGGGAGCCUGGGCCAGGAGACUGUUCAGCCCCCCAGGGCGUCUUGCCAUGAGAGGCACCAGGGCAGCAUGGUCGGGCCCGGAGGUGUAGCUGGGCUUGGGAGUGGCUGGAGACCUCCUGAAUCCCUGGGCCGAAGGUCCAUCCUCCACAGAGCUGUGGCCCCGCCUGGCGCAUAGAAGGGAGCAGAGGCUGAAGGGAGACUGGAGGUGAUCUCGCCAAGGGGAGAUGGCCCCCGAGGGAUGCCAGGCGGGCCAAGGGCUGUGGAGGACCCCCUCGAGCAUUGGAGCGCAAGCAAAGCCCGCCCACGCCUUUUCCCUCAGUGGCCAUCCCCGCCAUCCAGCCUGGAGUGAUUCUGCUUGAGGCCAGGUACCUGCCAGUUGGUUUCCUGGCCAUGGCGUGGCCCCUGCCCCGUCUGGGCUCUGGAUCCCAGCAACCCUCACUCUGCCGCCAUUAACCUGUCACACCCUGCUGGGCCUGCCUGCGGUUUUUCCUUGCUUGCGUUGCCGUGGCCAGCUGGCCUCGCCCUGGGAGCCCACACAGCCGCUGAUUCCUGGGUGAAGAGCUGUCAGGUGUCCGAGACGUCUCGUGCCGAACGGGGUCACUGGGCACAGGCUGGGUGGCAUCCUGGCAUUGCAUUAACAGGGCUGCCGUCAGGAUGCACCUUUUCUCGUAUUUCCUGACUUGGUGUUGUUUAUAAUUUAUAAUGCCCACGUCCCGAGCCACCCCCGCAGACGCACCGGUGUGUUAUUGGAGGGUUGCUCAGAAGGGCUGCAGCCAGGUUUUGGGGUUUGAAGCUGUGAAUCAUAUUGGUUUUCCUUUAGUGGCGGGGCAUCAGGAAGGUUGUGGGUGUGAGACAGCCAAGGCCCCUGCCUGCGGGCAAUGGACCGUUAAUUUAACUUUAAAAUCUGCAAUAAAAUCCGGGGUUGCUCACUUGGGCUGGGAGCCUGUGACUGGGCAGGCCGGGGAGCAAUGUAUGUAACAUGGGUGGGGGGGGAGUUGAGGGGAAGGCAUGGGCUGGGAGAAGGGACGUCAUGCCUGUUUUCCCAGCCCCUUGCGGAUACCUUCCAGGGAGGAAGCCGAGGUCUCCAUGCUGGGCACAUCCUUGGGCCAGUCUGCUCCCUUUGACACUGGCUUCUCCCCUUCAGCGUCGGGCAGAGGGCUUGCGUGACGUGGUAGGAGUGCCAGGGGCCCAGCACUUUGUAACAGACGCAGCCGAUGUCCCUCCUUUCUGUGGAGGAGCUCGCGGACUGGUUUGCCUUGAACUGAGUCCCCCGAGCAGGGCUGAUCUCGGCAUGGCUCAGCCCUGGCAUCACCGUCCGGGGAUUUCCUUUGCUCCUCUCCAAACUCUAGUGCUCAGCCAGUUUGUGCCAAUGCACUACGCCCUGCCUGGCCUGUGGAGGACAGGAGAUGCAGCAGCUGGUACUGUAUGGACCACUUGGCUAUUCCGGAGCCACCAAUCUCCACCAGCCACUGAGUGCCCAUCGCCAAGGGGACCUAUGGGGCGUGUCUGCCCACUUCAUCACCUUUGCUCAUCUUGUAGAUGCUUUGUGUCUUGGCAGCUGUUUGCUGGCACCCGUGGGCUCUGUUCUCACAGGGCCUCUGGGAGGACAGUGCUCCAGGAGGGCAGAGGCUCUGUCAGGGGUGCUUUCACCCAGGGUGGCGCGUUGCUUCUCGGAUGAGACGCAGCGUCGCCCCGUCACUGUAAUGGUUUGUUUUUUCCAUGGAGGGUGGCUGCUGUUUGCAAAGCCCCUUCAGCGCGGUGACAUCGUCCCAGCGUGUGGGUCCCACCAGGGCUGUCUGCAAAGUCAAGAGGGAACCCAGCGGCGAGGGUCGGCCUUGGGCUCAGCGUCCCACCUCUGUCCCCAGCACCAAAGACUCAUCUGUAUUCAGGGGCUCUGGCCUCACUGAACAGGGGAGGUAGCCGUUUGUCAGCCAGGUGUGUGCCUGUGGAGCUCUGCAAAGUGUGUGUGUGUAAGAGAGCGAGUGCCAGUAGGAGUUCCCCAGGCAGCUGGUGGCACCGCUGGGUUAAAGCCCUGUAUGAAUGCACAGGUAUAUGCCCACCCUCUUCUGGCCUAUGAGCUAGUGGCUCAGGGCAGGGCUGUUGUGCCUAAGCGAGACCCCCCUGUGCUUUGCUUUCAGAGUCCACCCGCACAACUCUGAGCUGUAAGGGCUCUAGGUACUGCCCCCCGCCCCGCCCCACUUGCUGUAGCCCUGCCACCUCCCCACCAGCCGUCUGCUACCCAGGGGUCUCGGCGAUCCCGUGGGGGUGGGGGAAGGAGCCCUGCUGUUGAGUUGGAGAUGGGGAGCCUCUCCCAAGCCAUUCAGGGGCUGAGUGGGGAGAGCAGCAUUGGGGGUCUGUGGGGGGACAGGCAGCAGAGCUCACUCUCCAAGGCAGGGGCGUGCCGUGUGCCCUGAAACGGACGUGCCUGCAUCUGUGGUAGCACCAAGCUGGCCAGACUUCAGCCGUGCAGGCUCUAGAUUGUGAUACGAUAGACGUGUAUUUCCCCCUAUUGAAAGUACCAUUUUCAGACCAUGUAUUUUUAAAGCAUUUUGAAAUUUGGUCUGUUUGUGUCACUGUUAAAGUCGGGGGCGAUGUGUUUGAUGGGGCAGCCCGCAGGCUUCGCCUCUGUCCGUGGGGCUACCCCAGCAAAACCCUGCUUGGCUCCAGCCCCGUCCAAAAGACAGACAGGCCUCAAGAGAGGAUGAGUGAUGUCAUCCCCAAAGCCCCGCCUCCAGAAAUGACAUCCCAAUAUUAGCCACUCAUCAAAGCCAUGAUGUCAUUCUCCCGCAUCCUGCCUCCUGAGGCAGGGCCUUCCCCCAUGGGGAUGAAACCAGAGAUUCCCACCAGACGCCCAUAUAACUAGAACCACCCCACUGGCGACUGCCGUACCUCCAGCUUCGCCCCAGUGCAGCAAAGACCAGAAUUCUGCCUGUGCGUCUUGCAGGGCUGGACACUUCGGGCUGUGUGACGGCUCACACCAUAGACACCUCCUCCCCCUCCACUCUUCUCACCGCUCCCUUCACUUCCAGGCCCCCUUCAUGCCUGCAACCAGCCGCGCUCCCUGCCCGGCCGCCUUCAGCUUCCUCCUUAAAAGCCACCGCGGGAAAUCCCUCCUCAUUCCCAAUCCCCUGCUCCCUCUCUCAGCCAGCAUCUUGCCUUUGCUUUCUCCGGCUCCGGACCUGAUCCUGCUCUCACUCCAGUGACAUUUACACCAGUGGGAGCAGGCCCAUAACUCUUCCUUGGGGGUGCUUUUUAAAUCACUGUAAUACCAAAUACCACCUGUAGGCAGUGCACCAGCCCUGAGGAUAGUCCAACUUUCAGCUUGCUCGUUAGCACUUGGUUUAAUUGGAAUUUCUGCUGUGUUAAAGAGGAACAUGGAAAUUGAGACUAAAUCCAGGCUACGCGGCAGGGAGUCUACUUCUGUCCCAGAGACUCUAGAUUUCUUUCCCUCUUUUAAUAAUCUGCUGUGAGAGCCCAAGGCAGGUGAGUCACAUGCUCAUUUCAGGGCGAAGGGACGGGACAGAAGCUUUGGGCCGGUUCAGAUAGAAGUAACACCCACUGACCUAAAGCGACCAGAGCAGACUCCCUGUGCGGACCCUCUCGAAUGGGGGUGGGGGUGGCAGCUCCCGGUCUGUCACUGCGGUAAGUGUUCACACAAGGAGGUUGUGCCAAUUUAGAAACUGCUUGGGUUAGACAGGUGCAAUUACCUGGGCCUCAGCCAGGGAGUUCAGGCCUCAGAGCCACCGGGGCUCCCUCACCAGGCUGAGGCCCAGUUAAUUGCACCCAAUUUCUUAUUGGGCUCAGCCUGGCAACCAGUGUCCCCCCUAGCUGCCCAGUUGGACUGGGUGGAGCACCCCGUGCAGUGUCUGUGCAAGGCCGGGUGCUGCAUAACCCUUCAGGCCAGGGCUUUAUCAGUGCCUGUGGGACCCACACUCCUCCUGGGUGUGGUGUUCGGUCCCAUCUAGGGCACUGAGACCACUUAGAGAGAGAGAGAGCGAUUCAUGAGUCUGCUCUACAGCCUUAGCUAAGAGCCAGUUGGCUCCCCAGGUUCGAUCCCGCCCGCCAACAACUGGGGUCUGUUGGCGUUACACCUGGGCUUCAGGCCGCCACCUUUUUCUGAGUGCACCUCCCUCCUGCUGCCACCUUCUGACCCGAGCGCCUCUUCUCCUGGCGUUCCCACAGCAGCCAGAGGCCGUGCGCUUCUGGAGGAACAAAGCGCCUGGUGCUGAGCCUCACUGAUGCCAAGGGGGAGUGAGCGAUAGAGGCAGAGCUGUCGGUGACGCGGAGCAGCUCACAUGGCCCCUUCCCUCAGCCAGGGGUUCAUCUCAAAGGGCAGCAAACCGGGCAGGGCUGGUGUAGAUACCACACCUGCUGGUGGUGGCACUGGAGACACGGAAGGUGAGGUGGGAAUCCAUUUUAAGCCCUGCUAACCCAAUCUGGCUCUUUGUCCCCCUCUCGGAGCUAGGUCAUGUAUUGCGGUUGCUGCCUGUGACCUACGAGGGCUGGCCCCUUAGCUCAAGCAGAAGAGGCCUCUGUUUUUUAGCUCUGGAGGGCUUGGGUUCUGUUGGCCCCAAGCACGGUUCCAAGGGACAGUGCAUAGCCAUUGCUGUCCCUUGGAACAGUGCCCUAAAGCUGCAGUUCUCAAACGGGGGGGCAGGCCUCCCACAGGAGGCACGGGCAUGUGUCCAGGGAGGCGAGAGCUGUCAGCUCCGGGUGGCUGGGGCUCGUGCAGAAGUGCCGUG